AUGUGUUUUACAAAAUUGAUAGACUCCAUGGAAGAGCUGACAGGGGCAACAAGGGAAGGGAUAACAGAAGGUUGCGAUAAGAGGAAAAUCUAAGCAUAUGACUUUAUUGCAGACACGUUCGCGAGCAAGGUGGCCGCCUGCCAGGACAAGUACGCCGACGCUAGCGUUGGGAACGUGACCGGAAGUAACGCGGUGAACGUCUUCCUGGGGAUCGGCAUUGCAUGGAGCAUCGCAGCCAUUUACCACGCCUUGCACGGCGAUAAGUUUGAAGUGGAGCCGGGCAACCUGGCCUUUUGCGUGACGCUGUUCUGCACGGAGGCGUGCCUGGUGAUCCUGGUUUUACUACUGAGGCGGACGAAGAGCAUCGGCGGCGAACUCGGCGGCCCUUUCCUCCCGAAGGUCGCCACGUCGCUGGUCCUUUUUUUCCUCUGGGUGUUCUACCUCAUUAUGUCGAUCCUCGAGGCCUACGGCUAUAUCGAGGGCUUCUAA